AUGAAGAUUCUGCUCUUGAUUUGCUUAUUAUCGGCAAGCGUCUGCUUUGGCAAGCCCUUGGAUGGGUUUGAUCUUCCAUAUGCGGCUGGAGAUUAUUCCAACAUUCAGGCUGUCAAUGGUUUGUUGAGAAAUGAACUUUUCGAUGAAAUAGUACCAGAUGAGCAUUUAGAGGACAGUUAUUCUAAGUCAGACAUUUUGGUGCCAAAUGAUUUGGAUAACAAGGAGAAAUUUGUGGCUGAAUCGCAGAAUUCCGGAGAUCUCGAAAAUGAACUGCUUCCACCGUCGGAUUCAGAAAGUCAGGAUCUAAGGCAGGCUGAAGAAGAAAACGAAGAUUGGAGAACACAAGAAAAAUUACCGCAAGGAGAAGAGCGAUCUCUAAUAAUCCGCGUCCGCCACAAGGGCUAUCAGAAGAAGAUACAGAAGAUCAACAUCCACCACAAGGACCAUCUCAAGGAGGACAGGAAAACCAACGUCCAUCUCAAGGAGAACAAGGAGACCAACGUCCACCACAAGGGCCGCCUCAAGGAGGACAAGCAGACCAACGACCACCACAAGGAGACCAACAUCCACCACAAGGACCAUCUCAAGGAGGACCAGGAGACCAACGUCUUCCACAAGGACCACCAGGGCAAGGAUCACAAUAUCAGCGUCCACCACAAGAGCCGCCUCAAGGAGGCCAGGGAGACCAACGUCCACCACAAGGGCCGCCUCAAGGAGGACAAGAAGACCAACGACCACCACAAGGAUCUCCUCAAGAAGGACAAGGAGACAAACGUCCUCCACAAGGACCACCAGGGCAAGGAUCGCAAGGUCAGCGUCCACCACAUGGGCCGCCUCAUGGAGGCCAAGGAGACCAACGUCCACCACAAGGAUCGCCUCAAGGAGGACAAGGAGAUCAACGUCCACCACAAGGAGACCAACGUCCACCACAAGGAUCACCUCAAGGAGGACAAGGAGACCAACGUCCACCACCAGGACCACCUCAAGGAGGACUCGGAGAUCAACGUCCACCACAAGGAGACCAACAUCCACCACAAGGACCACCUCAAGGAGGACAAGGAGACCAACGUCCACCACAAGGACCAUCUCAAGGAGGACCAGGAGACCAACGUCUUCCACAAGGACCACCAGGGCAAGGAUCACAAUAUCAGCGUCCACCACAAGAGCCGCCUCAAGGAGGCCAGGGAGACCAACGUCCACCACAAGGGCCGCCUCAAGGAGGACAAGAAGACCAACGACCACCACAAGGAUCUCCUCAAGAAGGACAAGGAGACAAACGUCCUCCACAAGGACCACCAGGGCAAGGAUCGCAAGGUCAGCGUCCACCACAUGGGCCGCCUCAUGGAGGCCAAGGAGACCAACGUCCACCACAAGGAUCGCCUCAAGGAGGACAAGGAGAUCAACGUCCACCACAAGGAGACCAACGUCCACCACAAGGAUCACCUCAAGGAGGACAAGGAGACCAACGUCCACCACCAGGACCACCUCAAGGAGGACUCGGAGAUCAACGUCCACCACAAGGAGACCAACAUCCACCACAAGGACCACCUCAAGGAGGACAAGGAGACCAACGUCCACCACAAGGACCAUCUCAAGGAGGACCAGGAGACCAACGUCUUCCACAAGGACCACCAGGGCAAGGAUCGCAAGGUCAGCGUCCACCACAAGAGCCGCCUCAAGGAGGCCAGGGAGACCAACGUCCACCACAAGGGCCGCCUCAAGGAGGAAAAGAAGACCAACGACCACCAUCAGGACCACCUCAAGGAGGACAAGGAGACCAACGUCCACCGCAAGGACCACCUCAAGGAGGACAAGGAGACCAACAUCCUCCACAAGGACCACCAGGGCAAGGAUCGCAAGGUCAGCGUCCACCACAUGGGCCGCCUCAAGGAGGCCAAGGAGACCAACGUCCACCACAAGGAUCGCCUCAAGGAGGACAAGGAGAUCAACGUCCACCACAAGGAGACCAACGCCCACCACAAGGACCACCUCAAGGAGGACAAGGGAACCAACGCCCACCACAAGGACCACCUCAAGGAGGACCAGGAGACCAACGUCCACCACAAGGACCUCCUCAAGGUGGAUCAGGAAACCAACGUCCACCACAAAGUGGACCAUCACAAGGAUCAUCUCAAGGAGGACCAGAAGCCCAAGAUGCUCGAGAGGAGAUUGCUUCAAAUACUGUGA